GGGGCGGUCGUGGGGCUGGCAGGGAGGUGACAAGGCUGAUUUGACGAAGACAAGCCGUGGCUCCCUCCCUGCCCCGACAGCCGGUGACUUCAUCUUCGCGAGACGCUCUUCGCAGACCAUCAAAUUGAAAAAUGGCUGACGGCCACCGCCUUCGCUAUCUCUACCUCUUCCCAACCUCCCAUCCCGCCCUAAAAGCGACCCCCACCUUCCCCCACCCCGCGCAGAGUGUAAGUGACGAUCCAACGACCCGAUAUUCACCACGAUGAGCGGUCACGACGGAGUGCCGAAUGGCACUGGGGCGUACGAGAAGCAUGGGCUUACGGAGCAGACGAACAAGGAAAGCGCAGUCAAAGCCGAUGAGUUUGAUGUCUACGGAGAUGACGCGUCUGCCGACAUCAAGUACCGCACCAUGGUGUGGUGGAAAGCGGCGGCACUCAUGUUGGCAGAAACUGUGUCACUUGGGAUCCUGUCGAUUCCCUCAGUGUUCCAGAGCCUUGGCAUGGUUGCGGGCUGCAUCCUCGUCAUCAGCCUCGGAGGGAUUGCAACUGUCACGGGCUACAUGAUCGGUGCGUUCAAGCUACGCUACCCGCACGUACACAACAUGGCCGAUGCGGGUAUGAUCCUUGCGGGACCGAUCGGCCGCGAGGUCCUCGGCGCGGCCCAGGUCAUUUUCAUGGUCUUCCUCUGCGGAAGUCACGUCCUGACUGGGAUGAUCGCAUUUGACACCAUUACCGCCGGUGCAUCAUGUUCCGUGCUCUGGGCAGGCAUUUCUGCCAUCAUUUGCCUUGUCCUGACCAUCCCGCGAACACUGGACGGAAUCUCAUACCUCAGUGUUGCCUCGUUCAUUUCUAUCGUCACUGCCGUUAUGAUCACGAUGAUCGGUGUCGGUGUCGCAGGACACCAAGGUGGCGUCACCGUUACCGCGAACCUCAACUUCGCGAGCGGUUUCCUCGCCGUGACGGACAUUAUCUUUGCAUACGCGGGACACGUCGGAUUCUUUACGUUUAUUGCGGAAAUGAAGGAACCCAAGGACUUUGUCAAAGCGCUGUACUUCUUGCAGAUCGCUGAUACGACGCUCUACCUGGUCGUCGGUAUCGUCGUAUAUGCGUACGCAGGCGCAGAAACGGUCUCGCCCGCCCUGGGUAACACAGGCAUGACGCUCCGCAGAAUCUCGUAUGGCAUUGCGUUACCGACGAUCAUGAUUGCGGGUGUAAUCAAUGGACAUGUCUGCGCGAAGCUGGUGUUCGUCAGACUGUUCCGUCGCAACGGCGUUGCGUCUCGGCACAUGACCGCGCAUUCGUGGACUGGCUGGCUGACGUGGAUUGGAAUCUGCUUCGCUAUCUGGACCGUCGCAUUUGUCAUCGCAGAAGUAAUCCCGUUCUUCAACGACCUCCUAGGGGUUAUCUCCUCGCUCUUCGCAAGCUGGUUCACAUACGGCAUAUCCGGCAUCUUUUGGUUCCAUCUGACGCCGCGCUCUGAGCGGUGGGCGACGCCGUGGCAGCGCUGCAAGACGGUGUUCUGGGCGUCGAUCAUCCUCAUGGGUGCAUUCAUCAUGGUCGCUGGGCUCUACGCGAGCGUCGACAGCAUCGUCGAAGGCUACCGGGGUGGCCAGUUCCCAGGACCGUUUACUUGUGCGAGUCAGGCUCUUGCUUGAGUGGCCGUCGCGAUUGGGCGGAAGGCGCUGGUGUGAUGGGGAUGCGGCGCAAACGUGCGAAGGGGUGCGGGCUAUCAAGCGGGGCGAGUCUGUGCGUCGUGGACGUGAGCCAUCUAAUAUAUAUCCUCUGCGGUGCCGCAUAUCUGUAUCAUAUAACUUAAUGUUUCGUAUACCACAGCCCCUUAUGUAUGCAAUAGACGCGAAUGACGAUACCCGUCUAAUUUCAGUCUAUGAUAUAGUUUCGCAGCACCUGUCUGGAGAAGUCGGGAUGCUCUUCGUCUUCGAGAUGUCGAGGCGUCAAUGAGCGAGCUUCUCGGAAGUGCCUCGGA